AUGCUUCAUGAUGUUUCAACCAACUGUAUCAUGAAGCUCAAGCUUGAAUCAACAACCGCACUAAUGCAUUUCUAUGGUUGCUAUCGGGUCGCUGGAGUAGAGGAGAACACUUUAAAUCCAAUUCAGUCUGGUCUUGUUCGCAGCGCCAGCAGCUCCAAAUUCGGAUAUGGGGAAGCUCAAAUCAGGGCGAUCUGGAUGUUACCGGCCCAUUAUCAAUACGCCAGUUGGCCUGCAAACGAAGAGAUUGAUUUAAUUAGAGACUGGAGAUUCUCAAGACAUAAUGUCGACAACAGCCUUGUACUUGAUGUGCCAUUCAACAAUAUGUUCGGGGAAGGCAAAUUUCCUUCAUGGGUCGAUAAUUUGUGGGCUGGACCCAACUCAGCGCCUUUUGACCAAGAGUUCUACUUGAUCAUGAAUGUAACCAUGGCAGGAAUAGCGGAAUACUUCCCAGACGGUGUAGGCGGCAAACUCUGGAGUGACAACUCACCGCAUGCUGUGAACGGGCCCUAUGCGGGCAAGGAUGACUGGUUAUCUAGUUUGGGGACCUGAGCAAGGAACAAGCCGUGCGCUUGCCGUAAAUUACAUUAGAGACUACAAAC